AUGGGAGAUAGAGAUUGGAGACCGUUUGUUUACGGCGGCCUGGCCUCUAUCGUUGCCGAAUUUGGCACUUUCCCCAUCGACACAACAAAGACUCGUCUUCAAAUCCAAGGACAAAAGACUGACCCGCGUCAUGUGGAACUGCGGUACACUGGUAUGGUGGACUGCUUCGUGAAGACUUCACAGCAGGAGGGGGUCAAGGCAUUGUACUGCGGUAUCUGGCCAGCGGUUCUUCGACAGGCGACAUAUGGCACCAUCAAGUUUGGUACCUACUACUCCUUGAAGAAGUGGUUCGCGAACAGACGGGGAGGGGGAGGAGGGGACGGCGGCGGGGGAGGUGGGGAAAGUGUCACCACAGACACGCUGUGUGCAGCGCUGGCCGGGGGGCUGUCCAGUGCGAUCGCCAACCCUACUGAUGUACUUAAAGUACGGAUGCAGGUGGGUGAUGAGAAGCGUCACCUGGUCCGGUGUUUCAUGGAGAUGUACCGUGUGGAGGGUGUGCGCGGGCUGUGGCGCGGCGUGGGGCCCACGUCCCAGCGCGCGGCCCUCAUCGCGGCGGUGGAGCUGCCCGUGUAUGACGGCUGUAAGAGACGCCUCACGCCCGCGCUCGGGGACUCGCCUCUCAACCACCUCGCCUCCAGCGCGCUGGCCAGUCUUGGCAGCGCCGUCGCCAGCACGCCGCUGGACGUCAUAAGGACUCGGCUUAUGAACCAACGGAAAGUGAAAAAUGCCAGUUCAAACUCCCAAGUUAAGAUCUACAAGGGAACCGUUGACUGCCUCGUCCAGACCAUUCGUAACGAAGGCUUCCUCGCGCUGUACAAAGGGUUCGUGCCCACGUGGCUCAGGAUGGGGCCCUGGAACAUCAUCUUCUUCGUCACGUACGAACAGCUCAAGAUUAUGUACUGA